GCUGUCAGUCAUCAGCAUUUAUGUGUUUGUUGGUGUAUUGAAAUGUUUUUCGGGUGGAACCAUAGCUAAAUUGUAAACGUCAGUGAGAUUUCCUUUUAAAAACAUAGAGCCGCAAAGAAAUAUUUAAGAAGAUUAUUGAGGAAAAUGUCGCGAAAUAACACAGCCCAAGGUGGUGGAUCAUCCGUACAAACUUAUAAAUUAGUAAUUGUUGGAGGUGGAGGUGUGGGAAAAUCUGCACUGACAAUACAAUUUAUUCAGAGCUACUUUGUUACCGAUUAUGAUCCCACAAUCGAGGACUCAUACACCAAACAAUGUGUAAUAGAUGAUGUACCAGCUAAGUUAGACAUUCUGGAUACUGCUGGCCAGGAAGAAUUUAGUGCAAUGCGCGAACAAUAUAUGCGUUCGGGAGAGGGUUUUCUGUUAGUUUACGCACUAAACGAUCAUUCCAGCUUUGAUGAAAUACCAAAAUUCCAAAAGCAAAUUCUACGCGUAAAGGAUCGUGAUGAAUUUCCAAUGUUAAUGGUUGGCAACAAAUGUGAUUUGGAACAACAUCGACAAGUAUCACUGGAUGAGGCACAAACUAUAAGCAGAAAUCUCAUGAUACCGUACAUUGAAUGUAGCGCAAAGUUGCGUGUUAAUGUGGACCAAGCAUUUCAUGAACUUGUACGUAUCGUGCGAAAGUUUCAACUGGCAGAACGUCCAUUCUUAGAAGAAAGUUACAAUCGGAAAAGCAAGCGAAAAUGUUGCGUGCUGUAAUGCGAUAUAAGGCGACAACAGUGCACAAAAACUAACAAGAAAAAAUAGGUCAAGAGCAUAUGAUUUUUUCGAAAAUGAAAUAUUUUGUAUUUCUUAGUGGAAAUCUAUUAGAGAACUAAAGCUGCCAAGUCAAUAAACCAUACACGCAUAAUUAAAUAUUUUGAAAUAACGCACAAGCAGAGAAAAAAAUAUACGUCAAUUGGUUCAGAUAGACGCAUUAAAAACACAAAAGGCCAACAAAGAUGCAUCAAUAACACACAUGUGCAAUAAAAUAAAAGAAUUAUUUCUGAAAAACACUUGAAAACAUUCAAAAUCAGGUUGUACGUUGUACAUGCAAUUAAAAUAUGCAGUUUGCAAUAAUAUUUUUUUUGUUACUACAAUAUUUAUUGUAGAAAAACGAAAUUCUAAUGAAAGCCACCAGAGUCCAUAAUACGCACGUACAUAUAUACACUGCAGAGAGAAUGCUCUUAUUCUGUCCCAGCAAAUCAACGAAAAUAUCGAAUACCGCCAAAAAUAUUAAACCUUUUUUAUUAAUCAAAUUAAUAAGUCUUCUAAAACAAAACUUGUUAACCAAAUUUAUGCUAAAUCAAAAAAAAUAAUAAUAAUAAAAAUAAAAAUAAAAUCAAAACACCAAUUUAAAAUUUAUACACAUACUAUUUUAAGGAAAACUAUAAUAUAUAUGAAUUUUAUAAACUAAUUAUGUACAUCAUAAAGUGUUACAAAAUGUUUAACUCAUAAGUAUGUGCGUUUUGUAUUUUAUAUUAAAAAAAAAAAAUUAAUUGUUUAUAUAUUAAGUGAUAAAAUUGCGUAGCGAAAAUUUUACGAAUAUGCCAAAAGAGAUUUGUAUUUUUUAUGCUUACCAAUAAAUACGCAAGUUUGUUUCUUUGCUUGUUAUAGUCAAA